CCCUACUCGACAGACCUACAGAUCGAACCCCUACAACUACACAGACCUUCGACAGACAACAAACAACUACCAAAACACAGGUCACGGGUUCAAACACUCGGGGGUAAACUCGAUACCGUACAUGGGUAAGGAAAAGAAGGAUCUACAAGAACAGCUGCGGCGGCAACAGGACCGUCUUGCAGAACUGGAACGGCAGGAGGCAGCUGAGCUAGAGGCUGCAACAGAUAAUUCCAGAAGGGACUAUCUGUUGCAGCAGCUAGACAAGGUGCUCUCAGAUGACCGCUGUGCACAGGUGACUAAACACCUGGGAGAGACGAUCAUCCUGGAGCACAAGAUCACCAGUUCCUAUUUUACGAACUGGGAUGAUCGUUUUGUUCGUUUGGAGCGUCGGGUUAACGACCUGGCAGAUCAGCAGUCUAAGAUUCUGGAUGCGAUUCAGAACUUGACUGCUCAGCUAUCAACCGCCAAGCUUAUUGCCCCUCAGCUCCCUUUGCUGAAACCCAAACCCUCACCUCCUUCUACACCUCCUUCAUCUCCUCCUGGAUUUGUGCAUUCGUCCCGCACACCAUCCCAUUCCCAAAAAGCCUCAGCGAAGGCCACCUAUGUUGUUGUUGCUGCAGGAGACUACAGAGGUCCCAAGAUCCCUGCUCCCAACAAGUUUAGGGGUGAUGACCCGAAGACCGAUGUCGGGGACUGGGCUGCUGGGACCAAAGCCUACUUGAGGGGCUUUGUCUGUGCAAAACAGACCAAGGUGGCGACUGUUCUGAGACUGCUGGAGGGACCUGCAUUGAAGUGGGCCACCUCAACCUCCAACAGUCUGCAGCAGUUCAUGGAGGACUGGGCUUUUGGGCUUGGGUUGGACAAACUUCUGCAGGCUCUGGAGGACCGUUUUGCAGACAAGGAGCGGGCCCGCAAGGCUGCUGACAGGAUUGCUCGCCUGGGACAGCAGCGAUACAGCGGCACCCUGCAGGCCUUGUUUGCCGAGUUCGAGCAGCUGACCUCCAACCCUGGGAUGUGCAUUGACUACAGGGGUCUCAACAAGAUCACUACGAAGAGUACUGAGCCACUUCCUAGGAUCGACGACCUCCUGGACAUGGUGCAGGGCUGCACAAUGUUCAGCAAAGUCAACCUCAAAUCUGGCUACCACCAGAUUGAGAUGGCAGAGGAGGAUGUCUGCAAAACAGACAACCUUCAAGACCAGCUGGCCUUCACACGACUCAAGAAGGCCUUGACUCGUGCGCUUGUGCUGAAGUUACCUGACCCCACUCUGCCAUUUAUCCUAACCACUAACGCUAGUCAGUAUGGCAUUGGGGCAGUUCUUCAGCAGGAUGAUGGGAAUGGUCUACGACCUGAAGAGUUUAUGAGUAAGAAGAUCAAGACGCAAAAGCUCCUGGACUCCACCUACGAGAAAGAGCUAUAUGCUCUUGUCUGUGCCCUGAAACACAGGAAACACUUUCUCCUGGGCAGGUUCUUCAAGAUCUUUUCUGAUCACUCCACCUUACAGUGGAUGAAGUCCCAGGGAGAGUUAAAUGAUAAGUUGGCACGGUACAUUCAGUUCAUAGACAUGUUUGACUUAGAACUGAAGCAUAAGAAGGGCUGCUACAACAAGCAGAAUUCCCAGGCUAGCAGUUCAGGAGCUGUAGGGUCAACGGUCGCGCAGACCCGGAGUCAGUCCACUGGCGUUAUGGCAAGCCAGCCAUUAGUGAUGACUCCCGAGGAGGUCGCCAUAGAGCGAGCUGCUGAUCGCGAGGCACAACUACAACAGGCUUUGGGAGAGAUCAAGGCUGAGAAAGAGAGAAUGAUUAGAAGAAGAGCUAGGAUGCAGCGGAGGCAAGCGAACAUUAGUGAGUUAGAGGAGAUGGACACUGCAGAGAUGGAGGAUGAUGUGAGGACCAUACGGUCUGUCUUGCUAAGUGUAGUAGAGAUGCAAGAUCACCAAAUGGAGAUCUUACAGCACAUCCAACAGAGUUUGGCUGUGUUAGUCGGGCGAAUGCAGGCGACACCAUCACUGUUCGGGCCAGGUGCCUGGCCUGUUGUAAAUCCUCCUCCGUUUGUCCCACCGGUGACUGGAGUGUCCCCACAUACAACUCCAACAUCGGUCCAGACUGUUUCGCUGGGUGUGCCGUUAGCAGGAGGGCUCUCAAUGACUUCUGGGAAUCACCUAGAGGCCAAUGGCCAAGCCGAGCAACUGAACCGCACUGUACAACACCUGCUGCGGCAUUACAUCAAGCCCAAUCAGGUGGACUGGGAUGAGAAGCGUGCUCUCAUCGCCAGCCUGUACAACAACGCUGUGCACAGUGCCACCGAGCAAGCAGAAGAGAAGGAGGGUGGGCUCUCUUUUUCACCCAAGAGUUUUGGGUCUGGUGGCAUGGCACGUGAGCAACGGGACGGAUCCAUUGCUGGUCUGGAUGACAGCGAGAUCGACCAAAGAUUUUCUGAGGUGGCUGCUUCUUUCUCAGGGCUUGAGAGGCGUCCUUCCUUGGUAGUCCACCCAGGAACACCCCUGGACAGCCUGGUGGAGGAAUUUGGUGGAGCUGCUUCAGGAUCAAGAAACCAGUUGCAGGCCAAGUUAGGACUGCAGAAGCUUGCUACAGGAACUGAUGUGUAUGAACCUGAGAGCUCGAUGGAACCAUCUCCACCUUCGACACCGUUGUCGGCGAUGGAUGGCAUAGAUUUGCUAGGAAGGAUCGACUUCAAUCUGGUGGUAUCCAGACUUGAGAUCGAUCUUGAAGAAGACCUUGCACCCACCUUCAACAUCAAGCAAAUCAUCUAUGCGUAGUGAUGGGUAUGAAUUUUUCCUUGUGAUGCGGUUUAGACCACGAUUAUCAAUACACAUAUGAAGUCUGUCUCCUUUCCUUGGGACAAACAAAACAGGUGCACCAAAUUCAUAUUCGCUAGGCUUAAUCCAUCCCUUGUCGAUCAUCUCAUCAAUCUGUCCACCAACUCAAUUGUGUGUCGGACCGAUCGCGUGGGUACUCCGCGGGGUUCGGCCACAACUACGAAAAAUUGGUCGAGUAGGCUUUGGAUGCUUGUUGGGAUCGGUUGGGUUGGGGGGUCACAAAGGAUCACUUAAAUCAAGUCGCAAGUGCUUAGUGAUGGCAACCGAAUCUGAAGUAGACUCGUUUGGAAUAGGAGUACGUGUAGGGAUAGAAGUAGAUUUGUCAUGCAAAGUAUAAUUAUUACGGGCCGCAAAAGUAGAAGGUACAUGAGUAGGACGAACAAAGGCAACAUACAACU